CUUCUCUAUUUGGCUCCAGUAGCCCUGUGUCUGACUGGGAGACGUUCUGCUGACCACCAGUCCUCAGACACCAGCUUUUGUUCUAACCAUCUAUACGCAUAAAAAAUAUCCAGACUCCAUGCUCAAAAGAUGGCACUGUAUCUAGUGCUUGCUGUGGCCCUGCUUGGCUCCUGUUGGGCAGCUCCUCCAGUUGAUUCAGAUCUGAUGAAUUACGAUGUUGAUGCAGACACGUGGGACCUGAACACAUAUGGAGAAACCUAUGACUAUGAUGACUUGGAGGAAGAAGUUGAUAAUGCAGGGAUUUUGUUUGAGGUUGGAACCAUGGCUCCUCCUGCAGCCAUUACUCAUCUUCCCCCUGCAGUUAUUCCUGAAAACAAAACAGAGGAAGUGACACGUCUACCACAAACCACCAAAACCACAAUCCACCCUACUCUGGACUUCCAGGGCCCUGGACUUUUUGGCCCAGACACUGGGCUGGGAAUGCCCACGUGCUUGUUGUGUGUGUGUCUCAGCGGCAGUGUGUAUUGUGACGAUGCUGAUUUGAUCAAGAUCCCCCCUCUGCCCAAAGACAUCACACACUUCUAUGCCCGCUUUAACAAGAUUACUGCAGUCAAAGCAAAGGACUUUCUUAACCUGAAUCAGCUGAAGCGAAUUGACCUAACAGGGAAUCAGAUCUCCGAGCUGGAUGAGGACACCUUCCUCACUCUCCCACAGCUCCAGGACCUAUUUUUAGCUGACAACAGAAUCCCGUCUCUGCCUGAGCUUCCAGCCACUAUGAGGCACAUCGAUGUACGCAAUAACCAUCUGACGAGUGCCGGCAUGCACAGAGAAGGCUUUAAGGAAAUGAAAGAUUUGCAGUUCCUCUACCUGUCAGACAACCGACUAGACUACAUUCCUGUCCCGCUUCCUGAGAGCCUACGAGUGCUUCACCUGCAGAACAACAACAUCCAGAGCUUGAAUGAAGACACAUUCUGCAACAGUCACGACCGAAGCUACAUACGCAAGGCUCUGGAAGACAUUAGAUUGGACGGCAACCCGAUGGAUGUGAACCAGUAUGCUCAGGCUUAUGUCUGCCUGCCAAGAGUGCCUGUGGGAAACUCACACUGAGUGUUAUUAGGGCAUAUGGCUACUCGACUGGCUCUGCUUCACUCGUAACAGGUGUUAUGAGAGUCAAUCUUUUAGAUAAUAUGGCACAUGUAAGUCUAGGUCCUAACUGACUAAUCUUUUAUUCAACUAACCACUCCAAAUGCACAAGGAAUAGAUAGGAAAUAUUCUUAGCCUAUUUACAGUAUUUCCUUUUGCUGAUUUCUAAAGAAUUACCUAAGCUCCGUAAGUGUCCUUUAGUAAUUAACCUGAUGUCUUAUAGUAGCUUACCUGAACCCAAUCUUCUAUGUCUGUAUGUUAUUUCUGGUCACGUAAUAUGUCUGAAUUCCUUGAACUGCUGCUGAAUACAUUUUUGUUUGAAUAUGUAACACAAUUUAACCUCUAGGAUGAGUGUGUUAAUAAAGCAUCAGUUUCUCACUCAGAGGCCUAACCUACUCAUGACCACAUGGUGGCAUUCCGCAUCUUUUUUGAAGGUACUCCUUAUCUCCACACAUGGAUCACGGGACAUAUAUCACAUCGUUUUACUGAGCAAUAUCAUAGAUAUUUUCCUGUAUUGUUUUAGAAAUGCAUACAACCGAACUGACAAUUCUGUUCAUUCUUCUGAGCUAUGUAUCCUCGAAUCAUUAUAUAUAUUAGAGACCGAGUUACAGGUUACAUCUAUUUUUAAAACAAUUGGCUCAUGUAGCGCAGGUGGUUGCAAGGGUUACUUAGCAACUCUCAAAUAUUUAUACUAUGACAAUCACACAGGCACAUAAUCUAAAGAUACAUGUGAACCAUUUCCAUCUUUAGGCAUUUCUCUAAUAUUUGUCUCCAGCUGUAUAUGACCAAUUACAGAAGAUUGUUCUUUUAUAUAAUAUUUUAAGUUUUAAUCUCCAAAAAAUGUUACAAAACUGUAUAUAGAAUCGUGUAACUCCUCAGAGGCUCAUUUGCAGUCCUCACUGUGUUUAUGCUUAUAUUAAACCAAUCCCAGUAUUAAUCCCAGAGACUC